AUGACCCUCUCAAGGUCAACUCGGCAUAUCAGUUUGACAGGUUGGAUUUCCUCACUCCGAAACCUUGCCGCUUGCCUCCAUCUGCGUCGGGUAGUCAGAUUCACGUUUGUAGACUGGACGAUAGCUUACACGGAAACUAUCAAUCACAGCAGUAAAAAGCGGUUCAACGUCGACUCCCCCAGCUUCACCCCUUCCCUUCUGCCAUCGAAUGGCUCGUCACCGACGAUUUCAUCAGCAACAAUGAAGAAAAUGGCUACGAUAUCCCCCAAAGCUGCAAAUGCAGCUCCCUUUCAACCUAGAAGUGUCGCUUCACGAUCCAAUACCAGCACUCCUAAUUCUCGACAAGAGAACAUAAACCCCGACUGGACUGUAGCCGAAGUACAAGAGUUUGUUCCUCAAGGUUUUGACGUGGCACACAUGCCUGCACAUAUGAAUCUGUCUGAAGGAACAAGGUGUUCGUUGGAAUCCGCAAUGUUUUCGCACAGCAAGGAUUUCUAUCGCGCAAAGGGUGGGAUACCUGUCUUCACGAUGGGCACUGCUCCCACUCAUAGCGGGCUGAAUGCUCUUGCUGAUGACUUUGACCCCAAUGCUUCUCCUUUGCCUUCUACUUCCCCUUCAUCGUUCACAACUAGUACUAGACAGUCCACUCCCAGUGAAGGCAACCCCAUUCCAUCUAUGGUAUCGGGUCAUGUCUUCAGACGUCGAAAGCGCAAGCCUCGCGUGCGGUUUCCCAUGGCUAACCCUUCUUUCCAGACUGCUCUACAAGGAAAUGGGAAUGGAACUAUUACACCUACAAAUGCGUUUGAUCCCUUCGUGACAGCCUCUACUCCGCUUUCCGCUGGUGGUGCCGUCGGCCCGGUCCAGCCAAAUCCCUAUUCGCAUGACAGCGCAGCACUUGGCGGUGCUGCCUUCUUCCCCGGUUCAUCUGGCUUUCAGCAACCAGUCCAAUACCAUAUGUAUGCUCCUAUCGGUCCCCAUAACCAGAACACAUUGGGAUACCAGCGAAACGUUCACGAUCUUUUCCUUCCCAAUGACUUUCGAGAAGAACUGCAGAAGAAAGCAGCGGCCACACUGCAAACUCUACCCAACACCCAGUUACCAGCUCAGAUCGACUACUUUCACUCUCUUGUCCCCUUAGAUCUGAAUCACCAGAAAAACGCGACUGUUUUUGGCUUUCCGAGUUGGGUGUACAAAGCACAAUCCAGCAAGGAUGGCAACUUCUAUGCUCUUCGAAGAUUGGAAGGAUUCCGUUUGACAAACGAGAAAGCUAUCCGAUCCGUACAGGCCUGGAAACGUGUAUGCAAUGGCAGUGUUGUUACGAUCCAUGACGCAUUCACCAGCAGAAGCUUUCAGGACAGCUCGCUGAUCUUUGUUACUGAUUAUUAUCCGCUUUCGAAAACACUUGCUGAACAGCAUCUUGGUACUGGUCAAAGAUUCCAAGGCCGCCAUAAUGUUCACAUACCUGAGCAAGUGUUGUGGGGCUAUAUGACUCAGAUUGCCAACGCUCUGAAGGCCAUUCAUAGCAAUGGACUUGCAGCGAGAAUUAUUGACGCAAGCAAGAUUCUUCUGACUGGCAAGAACCGCAUCCGUCUUAACGCCUGUGCAAUUAUGGAUGUCGUCCAGUAUGAUAGCCAGCGGACAGUUGCGGACCUCCAACGUCAGGAUUUGGUCAAUUUUGGACAACUUAUUGUUACAUUGGGUGCUAACUCCCCCACUGUUAUGCAUAACCCAACAAAAGCUAUGGAGCACUUUACCCGUGCCUACAGUCCGCAGAUGAAAAAUUCGGUGUUUUGGCUACUUAAUGGAUUGCAGAAAGACCAGGAUCGGAAUAUCGACAUCUUCAUCACCGGCAUAUCGUCACAGCUAAUGUCGACUUUUGACUCAGCGCUCCACCUGGACGAUCAACUCACUUCGGAUUUGAGCCGGGAACUCGAGAAUGGCCGCCUUGUGCGCCUGAUGACGAAAUUGAAUCUUGUGAACGAACGACCAGAAUAUGAGCAUGACAGACAGUGGUCAGAAAAUGGAGAGCGCUAUUUCUUGAAGAUUUUCCGUGAUUAUGUCUUUCACCAGGUGGAUGCCCAGGGCGAUGCUGUCGUCGAUCUUGGUCAUGUGCUUUCAUGCUUGAACAAACUGGACGCGGGAUCGGACGAAAAGAUCACAUUAGUGAGUCGCGACGAACAGAGUUGCUUCAUUGUCAGCUACAAGGAGCUGAAAAAGGCACUUGAGUCAUCCUUUCAGGCUCUGCUGAAGCCGGCAAGGAGGAUGCAUUGA